AUGGACCCCAGCAACAAAUCCGAUCCCGCUGCAGCAGCAGCAACACCAGCAGCAGCAACACCAGCAGCAGCAACACCAGCAGCAGCAACACCAGCAGCAGCAACACCAGCAGCAGCAACAACAGCAGCAGGAGCAGCAGAAGAGCAGCAGAAGAGAAGGAAGACAAGAUGGGCAAGGGAUGGCCCAGGAGAGACGGAGGGUGCCGCACCUGCUGCUGCUGGUGGUGCUGCUGGUGCUGCUGCUGCGGCUCCUUCUACUGGUGAGGCAGCAACAGCAUCUGGUGGAUCCCCAGAAGCAGCAGGAGGAGGAGCAGCAGCAGCAGCAGGAGGUACAAAAGGUAUAAAGCUUCCUUUUAGUGUACAAGCAGCAGCAGCAGCAGCAAGAGAAGCAUUAGAGAAAGCAAAGAAAGCAGCACAACUGCAGCGGCAGAUACAGGAGCAGCUACGUCAGCAGCAAGCAGCAGCAGCAGCUGCAGCAGCAGCAGCAGUAACAGCUGCAACAGUACCAUCCCUAGCAGCAGCAGCAGCAGCAGGACAAACAACAGCAGCAGCAACAGCAACAGGAGCAAUAACAGGAACAGGAGCACCAGCAGCAGCAGGAGCACCAACAGCAGGGCAUUAUGUAAGAAUAGAGGAAAGUAUGUUAUCCUUCCAGCGGCAGCAGCAGCAGCGGGAAGCAGCAGCAGCAGCAGCAACAACAGCAGCAGCAGCAGCAGGAGAUAUUAAAAAAGAAAUUACACCCGAAGAAAAACUUGAUGCUGCUGCACCAGAUAUAGCUAGAAUAUGGGAUAAAAUAGAUAAUUUAGUUGAACAUCCAGCACCUCUUAUUGUACAAACAACAGGAAAUACAAUUGUUAAUAUGUAUCUUACUCCUAAAGAAAGGAAGAAACUCCGACGGAGAAAGAGGCAAGAAAGAGAAAAAGAAAAACAAGAUAAAAUAAGAAUGGGUCUUAUGCCUCCUCCUCCCCCUAAAUGUAAACUCAGCAACUUAAUGAGGGUUUUAGGCGAUGUUGCUGUCGCGGAUCCAUCAAAAACAGAGAAAAAAGUUCGUCAGCAAAUGGCGGAGAGGUUGGAGGCUCACGAGAAAAGAAAUAAUGAUAGAAAAUUAACUAAGGCAGAAAAAAGUAAUAAAAAUAUUAAUAAAUGGAGGCUGAAGCAACAAAACAAUUGCAGCGUUGCUGUCUUUAGGAUUAAAUCAUUGGCGAAUAAACGUCAUCUAUUUAAGGUGGAUACAAACGCUAAACAAUUUCAUGUUACGGGGGUUUGUGUUAUUCCUCCACAACCAGCAUGGGCUGUUGUUGUCUUUGAAGGGUCUCAUAAAUCCAUAAAAAGACUUCGUGCUUUAAUGGAGAGAAGAAUUAAAUGGGCAGAAACAGAAUUAGGCACAAAGCCAAUGACAAAUGAGCAUUACUGGGAGACCGCGCAGAAAUUCAGAGAUGCGCGUCUCGAUUACUAA